GUAAAAAAAAAUGGCCUAGCCCUAUAUAACACCGCGGUCAUUCGAUCCAACGGUCCUGGUUCCAUCAUGCUCCGAGGAUAUUCCCUGUGCACAGCUGCUCUACCCCUGGUACUCCACCGUUUUCACUUCAACGCAAAAUCUUCGCCUCUUUCUCUUCACCAAUAACCCUUCAUCCUCCUUUAUCUCUCUUGAAGCUCGGAUAUGUUAUUAUCUGUCAACCCGUGGUGUUGACGUUUAGUUCGCACUCUCUGCUUCGAGUCGCGGGCAAUGAGAUUAGGGUUAGGUUUAGGGUUACGCUAACUCUCAGCGAUUCUCAGGGUAACUAUUCGCGGUUGCAGAAGUUUUUGCUCAGUUGAUAGUUUAGGGUUUCGGUUGUCGCCAUGUCCGAUCAUUCGAGGGGUCGCGUUACCAUCACUCUAGGGCGUAGUGGUCAGGUUGUGAAGAGGGAUGUAUCUUCUGUGGAUGUUUCUUCUUUCUCUUCUCUUCCCUCAGCUGGCACUAAGCGGUCUGUAAGAGACAGGAUUGGAAACAAUGCAGAUGGUUCUGUGUGGCACGGAAAUGGACUUGGUGGCAAUAAACGACAGCGAGGAGAUGUAAGCAUACAAAAUGGACUGGAUGGCAAUGAUCUUCGGUUGAAGCUCAUGCAAAAAAGUGCAUCUAGGCAUGCUGACAGCAAUGGUAGUAAGAGGCAUAUGGAUCUCCGUGAAAAACUUUCAAAGACAACUCACUCUCUGUCAAAUAGUUUUAGUUCAAAGCAGCGUAUGCCAGAAUCAAGGGAAACAAGUUUGUUGAGGCAAAUUCCCUCCGCUAGAAGUUCUGAUGAUUUAAUGCGCAUGGAAUCCAUGAGAAGCUCGUACUCUCCUUGGACAUUGGAUCAUAUAAGGAGAAGAUCACCAGAUGGGUUUCCGAGUACUUCAAGGGGUAUUUCCCCUCAAAGGGACGUCCAAGACCUACAGAGAAGAAGGCCAUUAAACAGGACAUAUGAUGGCGUCAGACCAGUUCCAUAUGUAAGUAGGGAUGUUCUUGAAACUUCGAGGCCUCCAGUAAGUACACCCCAAUCUUUCAUGUCACGCUCUACAAUGUCCACAUUGCCUCCAGUAACUGCCAAGCCUGUAGCAUCUCAUGCUGGCCAACUUCCUCCAUCAAGCAGUGUUGCCCAAAGGUCAUCAUAUGUGGGUGAUGAACAAGUACAACAACCAAACCAGACUGUGGAUGGCCUGUUACAUGCACUAGGACUUCAAAAAUAUGCCAUUCUCUUUAAGGCAGAGGAAGUGGAUAUGACUGCAUUGAAGCAGAUGGGAGAAAAUGAUCUCAAAGAGCUAGGGAUUCCUAUGGGUCCAAGGAAAAAAAUUCUUCUCGCUCUCUUGCCCCGUACCAAGCGUCAACAAUGAUUGACUCCUAUCCUGCUUGACGCUGAAACUGAUACAUUGUUGGAUCACCACCUUUUACUUUUAAUUUUAAACUUUAUAGUUUGGGUGAUGGUAAUGCACAGAUAUGAGAAUUUUUACGAAUAUGACAUCCCUUGUCCCUUGUAGGGUUCGAGUAUCCUUUGUAACCAACCAUUGUCGCAUUUUAUUAUAAUUCGCACAAGUCCCGGUUUAAAUUCUCGUUUUUUGGAAUUAUUGAUCUGUAAUAUAUAUGCUUAUCCCU